AUGGCCUUACCAGAGCAACCCUCCUCGGAUAUCGACCAGCAGACCCUUCGAACGAUCAUGGAACUCCAGCUAGAAGACCUUGAGUUACUGGCCUCCCGAUCGAAGGGCAAGCAGCGCGAAGGCACCACCACCGACGCUCAUGUCGCCAUGCAGAUCUACAUCGAAGACCUCCAGACCUGCGAUACAACCAUGACGAACCGUGAAGCCGCACAAGCUGUUGCGGAGCUGUGCAAGCAAGAGCUGCAAGUUGCUCAGGACCGAAGGCUUGCCAAGCGGUUGUCGGUAGGUCAGAAGUCUUCUGCGAGCCACUUGCCGGGCAGAGAUCGACGGAGGGUACGAUUCGAAGAGGGCAUACCGCAGAUCUCGAGGGUGCCAGGAAUGACCGUCGCCGCGUCUGCCUUGGUACCGUUGGAUCUUCCGCCAGCAUACCCGGGCCAUCAGUGCGUAGCCUGCAAAGAGGACAGACAGCUGGUCGUCACAGCGCCAUGCAGACACAGACACCAGUACUGUCGAGCUUGCAUCGUCAAGCUGUUCGAGCUCGCCAUCCAAGACGAUUCUCUGUUCCCUCCUCGAUGCGAUGGCAGCACUGUACCAAUCGACAGCGCCCGACCUUUUCUUUCCUUGGAUUUGCUGAGAAGAUACGAGAACAAGCUGGAAGAGAGGAAGGCCGAUGACAGGACUUACUGCCAUAAUACCUUCUGCGCCGUGUUCAUUCCGCCGAGUGAAAUAAAUGACGACGUGGGAAGGUGCACUGCAUGCAACGCAACGACUUGUACCUUCUGCAAGAGCAAGUCGCACUCUGGUGGCUGCCCGACUGAUGCGGAAUCGCUGCAGCUGAAGCGUAUGGCAGAGCGUAAGCAGUGGCAGCAGUGCUACGCUUGCAAAGCGUACAUUCAACUGGAGACCGGCUGCAAUCACAUAACUGUCGAAGAUGUCGUUGUGGAGCACAAUUCUGCUAUGUCUGCGGCCAGAAGUGGAAGACAUGUGGCUGCGAGUUCUGGGACGAGCGACGUCUCUACCAUCGCAGACGCAGCGGUCGAGACCAGAACGGAAGCAACAACCCACAUCUCCCUCGCCAACACAGAGGUGCAACAACGUUCUGCAACAAUGGCCAGCCGCUGGGAAUGGAACCAAGUUCCCGCCCCCUUGAAGAUGCCGCACAGCAGCCAAAGCAAAGACUCGGAUGGUGGUCACGACGGCAACAUGCGCCAGACUGUCCGGCCAACGAUACCACCAUGGCAAAUGAUCGCAGUACGUCGGCAUCUUGCGUGGUGA